AUUGCGAAGUAGCCGAAAGAAAGCGCCUGCAGUACCGAAGCAACCGAGGGAGUCAGGGUGCAACACAUCUCUGAAAGUAAUGAACUCGUAAUGAAUUCACCUUGGGUAGCCGCUUCUAUGGAAUUGUGGAUUCAAGCAAACGGCCAAACCUAACCUUAGCAUCUUAUAUCUGUUAUUUAUUUAAUAUGUAUAUAUUUAGAUGUAUUUGUUUAUACAAUUUUUCGUUCCUGCAUUAGUGGGGGUUUUAAAGUAUCGCUUAAACAUAAAGAUGUAACUGUCCUAGUUAAAAUAGCAUAAAGGAUCUGAAGAAAUGGAAUUUCAGCAUGUUACAGAAGCCACAGGCUUAUUACAGAAUGGAAUUUUGGUUGCAACAAAUAAAGGAUUAGUGUGUAUGUCAUUAACUGAUGCAGUAUCAUCUGAUUUAAAUUUAUCUGUAGAGGAUUUAAAAACAGUGGCCGAGCAGUUAAUAUUACAAGACGAAUUUCAUAAAGAGGGAUCUGAAAAUGUCGCCUAUUCAUUUGCACACCCGCAUUGUUCAUCAGAUACCACUCUGGAUAGUGAUGAUCCUGCAAGCGAUUGGGGACGAAAUAAGCAUAUGUCGCAGGUACAUGAUAAUUCACCAACUGUUAUGCAAAACUAUACAGAUAAAUUGACACAUUUGAAAAUUGAUAAAAAACAUUUACAAGCAGUUGUAAUUGAUCACUGUAUGUCCAACGUGUCUGAUUCCGAUACGAAUAGCGUUAUUACAAAUAAUUUGAGCGAUGGAACGACUGAAAGUUCAGCAGUAGAUUUUGCGCACUCCGUAGGAGUAGACAUUUCCAUAGAAGCUAGUAAAAUUUCUGCGAAAAGAAGAGGGGGAUGGCCCAAAGGGCGCAAACGUAAGCCGCAGCUGUUACACUUACCGCCUAAAGCUCCAGCAACUGGAUAUAACCUGUACCUAAAUGAUAUGCGCAAGCAAUUCAAAGCAAGUUCACUUGCAUUUCAUGAAAUUACCAAAAUCAUCGGAAAUAAGUGGUCUAGUUUAAGUUUAGAGGAGAAGAAACCAUAUUUAGAGAGGGCAGAAGAAGACAAGAAGAGAUAUAGAGAAGAAUUGCGAACUUACAGGCAGUCCGGAUCAUACCAGCUGUAUCUCGCCAAGAAAAGAAAAGCAAGAGUUCAGAACAAUGUCCUGUCUGAGAGUGAUAUGGAUGCAACUGAUGAUAUUGAUGAUGAAGAUAAUGAGGAAUUGUACUGUAGAACGUGCGAUCAAUGGUUUCACAAUUUGCACAACAAGCGUGAGCAUCUUCAGGGACGACAACAUGUUCAAGCUGUUGUUGGUGAUAUGAAACUAGAGUUAGGAGUGGAAUAUUAUAACAAGUGUAUGGUUGGUACCACCUGUCCUUCUGUAAACGAAAUUACUUUAGGAGCGACGGCCGAUCAGAAUCAAUAUGCUACAAGUCAGCGUAGUGUUUCGGAAUCAAUGUCUAAUUUGAUGACUGUUAUAACAAGUCGUGAGAAGGAGAUCAAAACAUUACAUAUGAGAGUAUCAGAAUCAAAGGCAGAGAAUGAAGCACUUUACAAUCAACUUUGUUCGCUAAGGGAGAGAGAGGCUACUUUAGUAUCAGAACUAAGUUCCUUAAAGAAGUUGGAGGAUGAUAUGGAAAUGAAAAUGUUUGAACUUUGGAAAGUACCUAGUUUGUUUGUUACUACCGAAUUAACUUUAAACUGCUCUGAAAAUUAAUGUAUUGGUUAACUGUUUUUAUGUGAAAUGAUACAUAUUCUAGUCAUAAAAGGGGGUUGGUACCAGCAUAAAUUUACUUGAACACAAUAGUAAUAUAAUUUACUAUCAAUAGUGGUUUUCGUGUCAUGUAAAGUUACUUCAAAACGACAUGAGUUAUUGGACAGAAAUCCUUGUUCAAAAGAACGAAUUUAGGCAAUGGUUAUGUCAUAUAUCAUAGGUAGUGCUGGUCGAUAAAUGAAAUUGUUAUUGAUUUAUCGAUAAAUCUGUUUAGUCCGAUAAUUAUCGAUAACUUUUGAUAAUGAUCAUAAUCAAUUAUUAUUGACACCUGUCGAAAAUUGUCAAUGUCCGAUAAGUAUGGAUUAAUUGAUAAAUAGUGAUAACAAUCGAAAGAAAACUUUUAAUACGUUUUCAUAAAUCUUAUCGAUAUAAAUCUAUUCCCAAUAAGUAUAACUAUAUCAUCCAUGCUUAGACUCGCUAACAUUUUUCCUUUUUUGGUAUUGAUAUUGCGAGAGAUAAUUUAAAUAAAGACAGGAUCUCUUGAAAAAUAUUAAAACAAUUUUAGGUUUUUUGAAAUCAAAGGUGAUCAAGUAGACGAUAAUUCUCAAGAAUUUGGCACGUCCUUCAAUAACUUUUGUUAAAGGUUAAGGUAUUAGUUUUUAACAGAAACAGUAAUUAAGCAUAAUAAUUCAGAUCAACCAGCAUGAAGUAUGUUGUGAUUUGAGAUCAUAUUUUGUAAGUGUCAUGCCAACUCCGCAAUGCCCUUAAGAGGAUUGGAGGCCACCUGAGUUUUUAACGCUUAAACAAACAGGCCCCUUACGUCUCCAUCGGACGUGUUACCACAAUUCUCAUUUCAGUGUAAUCUUCCAUCUAUCUGCGUAAAUUCAUCUCUGUCACACAAAUAGUGUUGCAUAAAGCGCAGUUUAGACGCUACUAUCUUGGCUUCGAUAAAUCGUAACGAUCUGAUUGACCAAUUUAUCGUUCAAUAAAUCGAAAGAGUGCGUACUGUUUACAUGUAACGAUUUCUUGUUCCAAUCUCAUUGUCGAUCACGG